UUUGAAGGGGCGCCACAAUAUGAAAUUUAUUUUUGACAGAAAAUAUCAAAAAAUAUUGAAAACAACAAAUAAUUUUAAAUUCAGAUGUAAUUCGAAUACCGAUUUUUAAUAACAAAGUCUCAUUUUAUCGAUGAAGUUUUAAACGAGGAAAUAACUUUUUCGAAUUCUUGUCUCUGAAAACUAUUCUUAUUAGUAAAUUAUUCUCAAAAGAAUAUCUUUUUUAAUAACUUUUUUUUUUUUCAAAGGAAAGAAAAUUUGUUCAAAAAUUCGAGAAAGUCAUCUUCUUAUUUAAAUCUUCAUUUUUAUAAUGAUAUCUUGUUCAUCAAAAUUGGUUAAGAAUUACGUUUGUAUUCAUUGUUGGCGUAAACCAUUACAUAUUCAUUUGAUUUCUUCAACAUAACCUAAAUUUACCACGCAAUCAGCUUAGCACGUGGAUCUGUGUGACACAUAAAGAAGAGACCGAAAUAUUUUUUUGUUCAACAAUUUAUAUUUAAUUUAUACAAACUUGUGAUUGUGAAGAAGAAACUAUAAUUAUGAGUGAUAUUUCUGAAAAAUCUCAUAAAACUACGUCUGAAACAGAAAAUGGGGAAGUAUAUAUUAUAUAUGACUCGACUAUGCCAGAAACAAACGAAAAUAAAGUAGUACCAAUCUUCAAUUGCGCCUACUCUGACAUUACAGAUGAUUCUAAUGAUAGUAAAAAUAUAUUAAUAGAAACGGUAGAGUCUAAUAAUACUACAGAUACAAACGUAUCUUAUCCAUUAAAUAAUGAAGUAUAUGAAAUACAUGAUUCUACACUUGAACUGACAAAAGAGAAUAAAUAUCAAAGAAUAAUGCAUUCUGAUAAAGUUAUUACUAACAAUAAUAUUGAAUGUACUGCUACAAAAGCUAUUGAUAAUGAUAAUGUUGAAGAAAUGACUAUAGAAGCUAUUACAAACGAUAUUAUUGAACAUAUACCUGUAGAAACUAUUAUUGAAGAAACCAAUAAUUUUGACACUCACAAUUCUUCAAUGCAUAAGGAUGAUAUGAUUUCACAUAAAAUAUCAGUAAGCAACAAAACAACUUCAUCUCUUUCUGCAAUUGCUGUAGAAUAUGAUUCUGAUGUAGAUACUGAAGAUAGUAUAUGUACCAAUACAAAUAAAAGUUUAGAUCUUAAUAAAAAUCAAAAUAAUGAAAAUAUAGAAAUUUUAUGUUGUGAGAAUACAAAUGUAUAUCGUGUAAAGAAUGAAGAGUUAUCUAAUAAAGAUAGUGAUAGUGAUAGUAAUAGUGACAGUGAUGAUUCUAGUAAUAGUAGUGAUUCAUCAGUAAUAGUUAUACCAAAUGAUUCAGAUGAAAAUAGUGACAAUGAAACAAAAAGAAAUAAAAUAAAAGAUAAAAGACAAUCUAAUGAAAGGGAACUAAAAAGUGAAUUAGAUGAUCUACCUCCAAUAGAAGAUCUUAAAAUAUCUGUAUCUGAAAAUUCAUGUGAUUUAGUUGGAGAAGUUGCCUGGAUGGUUGAACAAUUAGUAGUUGUCCGUCCUAAAGCUGGUAAACCAACUCUUAAUUUAGAUACUGUCCUUUUUAUUGAUAAAGGAAAAAGAGCAUUGGGUAGGGUAUUUGAUGUUUUUGGACGAGUUUCUGAUCCACAUUAUUGUGUAAGAUUUAAUAGUCCUGCACAUAUAAAAGAAAAUGAAAUUAAUAUUGGUAUGGCAGUUUAUUAUUGUCCAAACUCACCAUAUACAUCUAUUGUCUUUUUACAUGAAUUAACUAAAAUGAAAGGUACCGAUGCUGUUGAUGAUGAUGAAGCUCCAGAUUUUUCUGAUGAUGAGGAAGAAAGGAAAUAUUAUGAAAAUUUAAAACAAAAGAAAGUAAAUGAAAUAAUUAGUUCAGAGGACAAUAUUCCACAUAAGCGAAGACGCAAGUCAACCUCGAGUUGGCAGUCCAAUCAUCCUUGGAACAGAAAUAUAGGACAAAAUUUUAAAGGAAGGAAAUCCCAGGUUAGAAAUAAUGAUAGUUCCGGUACAUCUAAUUCAUAUAGUUCACCAUGGACAUCGUUUCCAUAUUUUAAUAAUUUAAAUUAUCCGACUAAUUUUCAACAAAUGCAUUCAACGCAUAAUGGACUUUAUGGAUAUAUGCCAUAUUCAAAUAACUUGCAAACUAGCAAUACAAACCAAAAUUCCAACAAGUAUAAUAUUAGCCCUCAAUGUAUUAAUGUAAACAGAAAUGAAACGUCAAUACCAAAUCCUAAGAUUUCUUUUGGAAUGCUUCCUAGGUUUCAAUCUGCUACGUCAGCAAAUGUUAAUAGACAUAAUACAUUUCCAGCUCCAAAUAUAAGAUUUCCACGUACAGAUAUGUAUUGGCAAUCACAAACUUCAUAUGUGACUUCACCUUUAUCCUUUUUACCUCCACCACCUCCACCUCCACCUCCAUCUUCCAUGAUGCAAAUGUUUGAUGAACAAAAUCAUGAUACCUCACAAUAACAAUGUAUUGGUAUCAAAUUAAAAUAA